AUGAAUGCCAUCACUAAGGUAGAAGAGAGUGAGCUAGGCUUAAAUGACAGAAAUAACAGAGCCAUAUUUCCCGGAUUCAUCACUAAAGACGAUCUCCUACAAAAUUAUCUUGUAACGCAACCCUCUUCUGUAGCUAUAGACAGCCCUUCAACUGUGCAGACAUGUCUAAUGGAAACAAAAAAUCCCCUUCUCCCAAGUACAUCUUUCCGGAUCUCACAGUCACAUGAAAACGACCAACUGGAACCGAGAAUCGAAGAUUCUAACAACCCUGGGUUUCCUGUGAUAAAUUACCCAUCAUUGUUGAAUCCAUUCGUGCCAGAAUACGUUGUUUUGUCAACGCCUAAGAACGCGGAGCCCACAAGUCUGCGUAUCAUGCAAUGCAAACAAUUGACUCCAAAUAGCUUGGAACUUAACUUCGAUCAAAGUGUAACUUCUCCAAACCCAACAACUGGAGACUUCGUCGAAUGGUUAGCUGACCUGAUGACUCAGUGUUACACACGGGAGUCAUUGCCGCUACCCGAACCACAAACUUCCAAAGGAGAUCUCUUACAUUAUCCUUCAUGGCGAAAAUCCUUUGACACCAUUGUGGAAAAAAGAACCGACAGUCCAGUUCAGCGCCUCUAUUACUUAUUGAGG